UCCGCGUGUUCCUGAUUUAUUUGUCCUUUAACUUAGUCAUUUUUAUGCCAGAAGCAUAAAAUAUACUGUUUGUAUAUAAACUACUUCUACAUUUCUCCAGGGAAUAAAUCUUAACUUGAAAUAUGUUGUGUUCUGAGUAUAGGUGCUAGACACAAUUUUUACAGUGAAUUAUACUUUGAAUGUCAGAAGUAGUAGGGGAUUUACAACACUUUAAAUGGAGAGAUAUUUGCUUUAUGGGCCAAGAUGUAUACAAGGUAAAAGUAGAAUGGUACUGUUAGUUGAUUCAAGCUAGUAUUUUCAAUAAUUGACCACAGUAUAUCGUAAUGAUUAGAAUGACCAAUGCUAAUCCAGCAGGAAUUUCCUCAUCCUGAUAAUAUCUGUGUUCCAGUCUCCAAAGAAGAAGAGUCACUGCUGCGAAAGUUGCUGCACUCCAAGCUGGUGUCCACGAAGGCUGACCUGGAGAUCCUUCAGAAGGAUCCCAACUCUCCACUCUACUCAGUGAAGACUUUUGAGGCUCUCCCAUUGAAGCCAGAACUACUCAAGGGUGUAUAUGACAUGGGUUUCAAUGCUCCAUCCAAAAUACAGGAGACAGCUUUGCCAAUUUUAUUAGCAGAUCCUCCCACCAACAUGAUUGCCCAGAGUCAGAGCGGUACAGGGAAAACUGCAGCCUUUGUGCUGACAAUGUUGAGCAGAGUGGAUUCUAGUCGUGAUUACACUCAGUGCCUUUGCCUAGCGCCUACCUAUGAACUGGCUUUACAGAUCGGCUCUGUUACAGAAAAGAUGGCUAAAAACAUGCCAAAUGUCAGGAUUGGUUAUGCUGUUAAAGGGGAAAAAAUUGCCCGUGGUGAGAAGUCCACAGACCACAUUCUGAUAGGGACACCAGGCACUGUGUGUGAUUGGUGCCUGAAGUUCAAGAGUAUUGACCCCAAGAAGCUGGUGGUGUUUGUACUGGAUGAGGCGGAUGUGAUGAUUGCUACACAGGGACACCAGGAUCAGAGCAUCCGAAUACAGAGGCAGCUGUCCAAGGGCUGCCAGAUGCUGCUGUUCUCAGCCACAUACGAGGAUGAUGUGAUGAAGUUUGCGCAGGCCAUGAUCCCCAACAACCCCGUGGUGAUCAAGCUGCGCCGGGAGGAGGAGAGCCUGGACAACAUCCGCCAGUUCUACGUGCAGUGUACCGACCAGGAGGCCAAGUUCCAGGCCCUCUCCAACAUCUAUGGGGCCAUGUCCAUAGGGCAGUCCAUGAUCUUCUGUGCUACUCGAAGAACAGCCCAUUGGUUGUCAGAGAAGAUGACUAAAGAUGGCCAUGCAGUUGCCUUGCUGUCUGGUGACCUUGACAUUGCCCAGCGUGCGGCCAUCAUCAACAGAUUCCGUGAUGGAAAGGAGAAGGUCCUCAUUACAACCAACGUAUCAGCCAGAGGUAUUGAUGUAGAGAUGGUGACAGUUGUGGUGAACUUUGAUAUGCCAAUCCUACAAGAGUCCCGGCAGGCUGACUGUGAGACCUACCUCCACCGUAUUGGACGCACUGGCAGGUUUGGCAAGAAAGGACUUGCAAUCAACAUGAUAGACGGCAACAAAUCACUGCAGGUCAUGAAGGCAAUAGAGAAACAUUUCAAUCGCGCUAUCCACCACCUAGAUGCUGAUGAUAUAGAAGCCUUGGAAAAGAUAAGCACCUGAGUAAAGUCAGUUUGAUCCCAUAUUGCUAUGAACGAUUGUCAUACACCUGCAUUAUGGUUACCUGUUUACUAAUAGUGCAGUUGUAAACAAAUACAUGUAUGGCAUACAAAUGGAACAGACAAUAACCAAAAUCAAUUUUAGAGAAAAAGUUCAAUAAUUGGUUUUCAUUAACUGAUAAAUAUGCCAAUAUUGCUCUGACAGGUUGUUCUUAAAUGUUCCAGAGUUCAAUUAUUGAUGAGUAUGACGCCAAUAAAAGCAACAUGUGAGAACUUCUAGCUUGAAAGACAUUACCCUUAAAUAUAUCAAUUCACGUUUGUCAUUUGUUAAGGGUUCUUUUGAUAAAGUAUAUGUUUUUUGUUUUUUUCAGAUUCAAAAGCAAUUUCAACUGAUGCAUAAUAAUGCAAGUAAUGUGUAAUUAUGUGUCAGAAAAGUUUUCUAGCUGUUGAUAACAAGUAAUGUUAUUACUUAAUUACAUGACCCACUUGAUACUUAUGUUAGAUUUUAAAUAAAUUUUUAGUUUCAAAUGUUAAACAAUCAGUUAUUGUUACUGCACUUGGCUCACUAGUAUAUGUUUGUGAGAUUUUACAUGGCUGUACAUGUGUUUUUAUGAUCAUUAUGUAAAUAUCAGUGCAAAGUUAUUACUUUCUAUUGUAAACAAUACAUCAUAAAUUGUUUAAAGAAUACUUUUGAUUUGUAUGAAGUUGGGCAUAUAGUAGUCACAAGACUCUGUGAAUGGCUCAGUGGCUCUACCCGCUCGGAUUUCAUUUAUGCCCUGACAAAUGUACAUCCUUCAAAGGAUUUAAAUAUAAAUUCUGAUAAUUACUCUCCAAGACCACAUGAUGUGUCACUCCUUGGUGAAGGAUUAGGUCUCAAAUGAAGGUCAACCUUUAAACCUUUUAGUUUCAACUGUGUUACUUAAAUAUGCAUGGAAAGAUGUUAAUAUGACUACAGAUCAUUAUUCCCCAUGCCCAAACCCGUUGGUCAAAGGUUGAGAUCACAAUUGACUGUCAAAAUUAACACAUACUUGUGUCUGCUCAGUUACUUAAAUAUGCCAGUAAGGAUUUUAGUAUGUCUUUGAAUAAUUAAUCUGCAUGACUAGGCAACAUGUCAACACCUCCAUGCUCCUCAGUGAAAAAUCAUGGUCACAAUUCUAGGUCAAUAAAUUGUAUUGUUAUCUCUUUAACUUUAAGUAGUCUUGGAGAAUUCUAUUUAGAUUUUGAUUAUUAUUUCCCUUCACCGAAAGUGUUAUCAAACAAAUCUCAUUUUCCUUGUUGAAAGGGCAAGGUUACAGUUCAAUGUUGAAUACCAUGCAUUUAAGUUUCUGUUUUGUAACUUGUAUGUGCCUAGAAGGAUUUAGAUAUAAUAUUGGAUUACUAUUUCUCAUGACCAGACAAUGUUCAUUGUUCAUCAGCCAUUUAUAAUGCCCCCCUUCGAAGAAGAGGGGGUAUAUUGUUUUGCAUAUGUCCGUCGGUACGUCCGUCGGUUGGUCUGUCCACCAGAUGGUUUCCGGAUGAUAAAUCAAGAACGCUCAGGCCUAGGAUCAUGAAACUUCAUAGGUACAUUGAUCAUGACUGGUAGAUGACCCCUUUCGAUUUUCAGGUUACUGGGUCAAAGGUCAAGGUCACAGUGACUCAAAAUAGUAAAAUGGUUUCCGGAUGAUAACUCAAGAAUGCUUAGGCCUAGGAUCAUGAAACUUCAUAGGUACAUUGAUCAUGACUGGUAGAUGACCCCUAUUGAUUUUCAGGUCACUAUGUCAAAGGUCAAGGUCACAGUGACUCGAAAUAGUAAAAUGGUUUCCGAAUGAUAACUCAAGAAUGCUUACGCCUAGUGUCUUUUAAAAUUCUUAUCACUCCUAAGUGAAAAGUCAAGAUCACAGAUCAAGGACACGCGUGCACAACCUUUGCUCUGUGUAAUGCCUAGAAGGUAUCUAGGUAAUAUUAUUAUUCCCCGCCAUAGGCGGAGGGAUAUUGUUUUGGCGUUGUCCGCCCGUCUUUCCGUCCGUCCGGAGCCAUAUCUUGGAAGUGCUUUGGCGGAUUUCAUUGAAACUUGGUAUGAGUAUGUAUAUGGAUAAGAGAAUGAUGUACGCCAAAUGGCAUUGUAGACCCAUCAGUUAAUAACAGAGUUAUGGCCCUUUGUAUCUUGAAAAAAUGCUUUUUUGUGUGUCCGAAAUUAUCCCCCGCCAUAGGCGGAGGGAUAUUGUUUUGGCGUUGUCCUUUUGUUCGUCCGUCUUUCCGUCCGUCCGGAGCCAUAUCUUGGAAGUGCUUUGGCGGAUUUCAUUGAAACUUUGUAUGAGUAUGUAUAUGGAUAAGAGAAUGAUGCACACCAAAUGGCAUUGUACACCAUCAGUUAAUAACAGAGUUAUGGCCCUUUGUAUCUUGAAAAAAUGCUUUUUUUGUGUGUCCGGAGCCAUAUCUUGAAAGUGCUUUGGCGGAUUUCAUUGAAACUUGGUGUGAGUAUAUAUAUAGAUAAGAGCAUGAUGCACGCCGAAUUGCAUUGUACACAAUCAGUUAAUAACAGAGUUAUGGCCCUUUGUAUCUUGAAAAAAUGCUUUUUGCGUGUGUCCGGAGCCAUAUGUUGGAAGCGCUUUGACGGAUUUCAUUGAAACUAUAUAUAUAGAGCAUGAUGCACGCCAAAUUGCAUUGUACACCAUCUGUUAAUAACGGAGUUAUGGCCCUUGGUAUCUUGAAAAAAUUCUUUUUUGAGUGUCAAAUAUAAUACUUUAGUGUCCAGAAGCAUAUUGGCGGGGGAUAUCAAUUCAACGAAUUUGCUUGUUAGUUAUUAUUAUUGCCAUGAUAACCAAAGUAUGUGUCAUGUACAGCUCAUAGGCUCCUGAUACAAAUUCAAGGUCAGAAGCCAAUAUCUUUAUCUUUUGCUUUAAAUAGUGAAAUAAUGACUUUUCAACACUUUUGUAUACUGUUCAUUAUUAGUUAAUCAAGUCUUUCCCAUUUCUCACCCCCCUUGAUAAACAUUCACUUCAUGGGCAUAUGUCACAUCCUUGAUUAACCUUGUUAACAUUUUAUAAAAAAAAUAACACAUACAUAGCAAGUACAUGUACAUUAAUCAUACAAGAUAGUUAUAUUUUAUGUUAGGCCCUUGCUCAGCCAAACUUAUUAACAUACUACCCUUGCUAAAGAUGUUUGAGAUUGGGGUAUUAGAGUCACUCUUCGGUCAGGAGGUUUGUCCAGGUUUGGCCGCAUUACAUUUUACAAGUUUUCCACAUGUCUGUAAUCAUCAAAUUGAAUCUCCAAUGCGUGUUGAUGUAUCCACAGAGAUAUUUGCUCUUGAACAUAGCUGACAAUGCAGUGUGGUAUUAGUAAGCGUGUUUGUAUGAGAGUUCUAGUUAUCAUUGCUUUUGGUAAAUGAUAUUUUCCUCAACAACAAAUACAGUGUGUUAGCCAUUGAAAAGACAUUUUGUGCUGAUUGAAUAUCAUCAUUAAAGCGAGUAAAUACAA